UUGAAAGACUUAAAUCCAGGAAGGGGAUUGACACUUUUCAUCCGGCUCUGUUUUCCCAGUCCAAACUGUUGUUUUCUCAGUCUGUAGUUGCUAUUUGGUACUUUCAUGUUUUGCCCUAUGACUAUGAGGCAAAUAGGAGCUGGUCUCUCUCUCUCUCUCUCUCUCUGUGGCUUAUUUUGGGAAAACAAGGCAGGAUCCACCCCCCAGCCCCAGUGCUGUAGCCCUGAUCUGAAUCAAGGCCCCAGCAACUAGUUCUCAGAUAGAAAUAGAUCAGUUUCAGAGGGAGGCAUAGUCAGUUUCAGAGGGAGGCAUAGCCAUUCCUUGCAUGCUGUUCAUGCAUGUGCUGUGCAGAUAAUAAAAUUAUGCCCAAAGAAUCAGAGAAGCUACUCUUUUUUAAUAACCUCAUAACCUCCAUAAAAACACAAGUCCUGUUUGCAGCAGACUAAGAGGAAGAAAAACACUUCUGGGACCAAAGGCAGACUUUGUUGCAUACUUGAUCAAAAAUUCAGUUUUGAUUGAAUUAAAAAGACUGCUAUUUUGAAGAAAAUGUCACAUUUUUGUUGGAUUGGCAGAAACCCUUGGGAGAAGGUGGGCCCUCAUAUCCCGGGUGGUCCCGCAUAUCCAGGGUCCAAACCAUUAAGGUAUAAUUUUUAUAAUGGUAGAAUGUUGAAACAAUCCCUCCUCUUAACUACGCUAGCACUCCCAUAAUCCUAAAUAGCAAGGAUAGCACAUAGGAACCCCCAAACAAUGACCUAUCCUUCAUUAUCUGUAACUCAUCUGAGCUGAUGCCUUUCUAGUUGCCAUGAUGUCCAUGUGGUUCCGAGGACUUUCAUGCCUGCUCCUUCUCUUCCUGCUGAAUUUCAGUUCUGCUGCUGAAGAAGACACUGUGGUGGUCACUAGCAGUGGUCCCAUCCGGGGCAAGCGUAUCAUGACAGCUUCAGGCAUGGUAACAGCGUUCCUGGGCAUCCCCUAUGCUGAACCUCCUGUGGGGAAGCUGCGUUUUCAGAAGCCCCAUCCCCACCAGUCUUGGACCCAUAUCUUGGAGGCCACCAACUUUGGCAAUACGUGCUACCAGGAAACUUCAGAAUCAUCCAGCUAUCAUGAAGAACUAUACUCAGAAACCACCUUGCCACUCUCUGAGGACUGCCUUUUCCUCAAUGUCUGGGUGCCUCAUCCCCGGCCUUCUGCACCGGCCUCAGUUCUGGUCUGGAUCCAUGGAGGCGGUUUUUUCAGCGGGACUGGUUCUCUUGACCGAAGCUUCUUAGCCGCCACUGAAAAUAUUAUUGUGGCUUCUAUGAACUACCGCCUAGGUGCACUGGGCUUUCUCUCAUUACCACCAAACGCUCCAGGGAACGCUGGCUUGUGGGACCAAAAUAUGGCACUGAGUUGGUUGAAGGAGAACAUAGCUGCCUUUGGAGGGGAUCCAGCCCGGCUAACUCUGGGUGGUCAAAGUGCUGGGGCUGCAUCAGUCAACUUCCACCUUCUCUCACCAGCAAGCCAGUAUGUUUUUGCUCAGGCCACUAUACAAAGUGGAGCUGCUCUUUGUCCCUGGGCUUGGGUGAGCCCCGAAGAGGCCAAAGUCAGAGGAAGGACUCUGGGUCGGAUUUUGGACUGUGCUGAGAAGGAUGACAGGACCCUUGUGAGCUGCCUGCAGAUGAAGGACCCAGGAGAGAUUAUGCAGAAGUUGCCUAUCAUAAAACACAAGUCUUUGUUGGAUAUUUCUUUUGUGCCAACAACAGACGGGGAUUUCCUUCUAGAUGACCCUCAAAAUCUUCUGGAGGCUGGGAACUUCCAAGUCAAGCCCAUCCUGGUUGGCUUCACCUCUGAGGAAGGCUCCUUGUUCCUCGCCAAUAAUGCUCCUGGUUUCAGCCUUUACAAUGACAGCCUGAUCAAUCAAGAGCAGCUACUGGAAGGCCUCCAUCUGCUGGCACCAGAGGCGUCUGAGAGUGCCAUUGAGGCUGCAGCACUUAUCUACAGCCAGGGGGAAGAAGGGGAGGCACAGUACCGAAAUGCCUUGGUCAAAGCCUCUGGGGACUAUGCUUUCUUGUGCCCAGUGGCCAAGGUGGCCAGCCAGAUGGCAAAAGCCGGAAGCUCCAUUUUCGCCUACUUCUUCACUCACCGUCCUUCUUUCUUUGCUGCACCUGCCUGGAUUGGGGUGCCCCAUUGUGCUGAGCUGCCCUACCUAUUUGGUGACCCCCUGUCUAUGGCAGGAGACAAUAUCACAUACCCAGAAUUCGAGCAAGUACUGAGCCAAAGGGUUAUGUGGUACUGGGGAGAGUUUAUAAGGACUGGGUCUCCUGAUGGGGAAAAUGGUACACUGUGGCCAAUCUUCAUGGGACAGAACUUUUUCCGUAUCAACACAGAUCUAACACCGUCUAAGGGGAUGUCACCCACCCGCUAUUGUGACUUCUGGGAGUUGCUGGCCACGGAAGAACCUAAGGGCUUUGGCCUUGUGGCUUAAACAGAGAAGAUUCAACAAAGUCCUCUCCCAUUGGUGAACUAUUUGAAAAUUAAUGAGGCAUCAGAUACAUUUCUCAGUGGCAUCAAUAUCAUAUCUCCGUCCUUCUUGGCUGUAACAGAGCUGCAAGAUAUGGCUUCUUGAAGUCUAUUUUUUUUUACUCUGUGGAGAGGGAAAAUCUUGAGGAUCUCAAUUUUCAUGUUAAACAAAAGUAGUUUUCAAUUUUUCUUAAUUAUUAAUAAAAGUUUUAAAUGGUG